AUGGCGCGUCGCAGGCGCAGGUUGGCCUCGCGCGUGCGUGGCUACGUACGCGGCUUCCUCGCCUUCCUCUUCAGCAAUGUUGGCGUUGUUGUUCUAGUCAUCGCCUAUACUAUAGCUGGUGCAUUUAUGUUUCAAGCAAUUGAGGGUGCGAGCGAGAUGGAGAGAGUUAGUAAUAUGACGAGGGAAAGGGACAACACUGCUCAAUACUUGUGGCAAAAUGUUACGUUAACGCUCAAUUUGUUCAACGAAACUGCUCUCAAAGAGAGAAUAAGCAUAGAACUUUUACAUUAUCAAAGGAAAAUAGUCGUUGCGGUGCGGCGCGGAUGGGAUGGUGGCAUAUCAUCGCGACAGUGGAGUUUCUCAUCAGCUUUCCUUUACUCUAUGACAGUAAUCACCACCAUAGGGUAUGGCCACCUCAGUCCACGGACAAGUUGGGGAAAGAUAGUAACUAUAUUCUAUGCUCUACUGGGCAUGCCGCUGUUCCUGCUAUAUCUGAGUAAUGUUGGUGACUUACUUGCAAACUGGUUCAAAUGCAUAUACGCUCUGGUCUGCAUGUGCAGAGGCUGUCCUGGGUUCACAAGGCGACGAGUUGUACACUUUAGAUCACAGCUGGAACUAAGUGAUGUAGAGAGUAUUGAACGACCAGUAGGAUGGAGGCCAGAAUACUCAGAGUCGGAGAUCACUCCCGAACCAAUUCCUUAUGUUCCUCAACAUCCUAGACCAGAUCCAAGAAGAGAUUACUUCCGAAGCAUAUCUCUCCCUCAACCAUCACGAAACCCCCGUCCAGACCCAAUCAGGGGUUGGUCUGAACCCCUUCCUCGUCCAGGGAGUGUCUCCAGCGACUUCACCUACGUCACCUUCGACGUGCAGACCAUAACUGUACCGAUAAGUGCCUGUGUUGCAUUCAUGGUUGGGUAUUUAAUUUUCGGAUCAAUGUUGUUUGGGAUGUGGGAGAAAUGGGAUAAACUGGACGGAGCAUAUUUCUGCUUUAUAUCACUUAGCAGCAUUGGAUUUGGUGACUUCGUCCCAGGAGAGCGAGUGUACACUCCGCGCAUAGAGACUUCCUUCAUUGUCUGCUCUCUCUAUCUCAUGCUGGGCAUGGCAUUGGUGGCCAUGUGUUUUAAUUUAAUGCAAGAACAAGUACUACACUACUACGCAUGUCUUAAGCGCGUCAUUAAGAGAAUUUGUCGAUGCAAAAGAUGA